AUGGCGACAACGCCACACCAGGUGACUUGGAUGCAUGAGUUCCUAGUGGUGAAGGUUACCUCUCCCUACAACGCAAUAAUGGGAAGACCAACCCUUCAUGCACUAGGGGCUGCCAUGUCCUCUUAUCACAUGACCCUUAAGUUUCCCACCAAGCACGACGUCGGAGUCGUUCAUAGGAACCAACAGAUCGCCCGCCAAUGCUACGUGGCGGCACUAAAAGGAAAAAAUAAGGAGGCCUUGUCACUGGAGAGCCUCAACCCCCGGGAAGAACCAGUGAGUCGAGGCCAAACAGCCGAGGACCUCGUCUCGGUUCCCCUGGAUGAGUCAGCCCCAGAGAGGACAGUCUGCGUUGGGUCCAACCUCCCCCCUGAACGCCUAUCUAAACUGGUAAGUUUCCUUAGAACUAACGCUGACGUCUUUGCUUGGUCCACCACUGACAUGCCCGAAAUUGACCCUUCGGUCAUUACUCACAAGCUGAUCGUGGACCCAAGCUCUAAGCCAGUUCAGCAAAAGAAGAACUUUGCAACAGAACGAUGGAAGGCUAUAGGAGAGGAAAUUGACAAGCUACUCGAUGUCGGCUUCAUCCGUGAGGACAAUUUUGCUUUAAUGAGGAUAGACCACCUUGUCAAUGCCACUACAGGGUAUGAACUACUCAGCUUCAUGGAUGUCUUCUCCGGGUACAACCAGAUCCAGAUGCACCUCGAUGACGAGGAGAAGACAUCUUUCAUCACUGAGCAAGGCACGUAUUGCUAUAAAGUGAUAUCGUUCGGCCUCAAGAUUGCAAGGGUCACUUACCAGCACCUUGUCAACAAGAUUUUCUAG